AUGGGGCCUAUGGGGUUGAUCAGUACCGGGCGCUUGGGGACCAUUGGGGACGGAGCAUUCUCUGGCCUGAUGCUGCUGGAGUACCUGUUCAUUGAGGACAAUGAUUUGGGCUCCAUUGCCCCAACAGCUCUGAGGGGUCUGCGGGGGCUGCUCUACCUGAGUCUGGCCAACAACCACCUGCAGACGCUGCCCAAGGGUCUGUUCCAGGGCCUGGAGACCCUGAACCAACUGGACCUCCGGGGGAACCCGUUCCAGUGCUCGUGCCCCAUACGUUGGCUGCUGACCUGGUUGGACAGAGCCUCUGUCCCCACUGAACUUGGGGUCUGUCAGAGUCCCCCCCAGCUCCGGGGGACACCUGUGGGGCAGCUGCAGCCCCGAGACUUCCAGUGCCUCAGGACAGAGCUUCGCCCCUUCCAGUCUCUGCCCUUCUCGUCGCUGUCAGCUGAGCCCUUCGCACUUGGGGGGCAGGGGGGGGUGGUCCUGGCCCAGCCCCAUAGCGGAGCCUGUGCCCUCCUGGAGUGGGACCAGCUGGAGGGCAGGUUCCGGGCGCCCGCGGUCAUCAAUGGCACGUCCCCCAUCGCCUGCCACCCCAUCCCCCUCUCGGGCUCCCUCCUCCUCAUCAUGGCCCAGCUCAGCCCCCCAAGUUCCUCCGUCUGGCUCCGCUCUGGGGGUCCCGGUUGCACCUCCCCCAUCGCCUGCCACCCCAUCCCCCUCUCUGGCUCCCUCCUCCUCAUCAUGGCCCAGCUCAGCCCCCCAAGUUCCUCCGUCUGGCUCCGCUCUGGGGGUCCCGGUUCCCCAUUCACCCUCAUACAGACAUUGGGGUCCGGCCUCCUCCGCCGGCCCCAUAGCGUCAGCAGCGCCCGCCUGGGCCCCCAUUGGUACUUGGGGGUCACCGACAGCUCCAAGGGGGGCACGAGCGCCAUAUACCGAUGGGGCGGACGUGGGUUCUACCGGCACCAGUCAUUGAGGCCUUGGCACCGGGAUACCCAUAUGGAGUUCCUGGAGCUGGGGGGCAGCCCGGCCCUGGUGCUGUGCAGUGGGGCACGGAGGCCGCUGGUGUAUAGGUGGAGUGGGGCUGGGUUCGUGCCCCAUACGGAUAUACCACAUGUGCCGGAUGUGUAUGCGGCAAAGCACUUCAGGAUGAGGGGGAAUGUGUUCCUGUGCUUGAGUAGGUUCCUGGGGGAUGCUAAGGUGAUGCGCUGGGAGGGCUCCAUGUUCCGUGAGGUCCAACACGUCCCUGCUCGUGGCUCUUUGGUCUUCCAGCCCCUGUCCAUUGGUGGCCACCGUUAUGUCCUAUUGGGCAACGACUAUGCCCCGAGCCGGGUCUAUCGCCUGGGGCCUGGGGGGCAGCUGGAGCCCAUGCAGGAGCUCCUGGCCCCAUCGCCGCGCUCCUUCGCCCCCAUAUCUAUGGGGCACAGGCACUUCCUGGUGGCCUCCAGCUUCAAGGGGGCCACGCAGAUCUAUAGGCAGGUUACUAUUGAUAUGGGGGCGUGA